AUGAAGACCGCGAUGAAGACCGUGAUGAAGAGUUUGAUCCCUCUGCUCGUCGUAGCGUCAGCAGUUGCUGCUGUGGACGUUCAGAAGAGAAUACUGAACGGAUACAACUGUCCUGAUACUGAAGGGACACACUACGUGGUUCUGAAGAACGGAAACAAUGAGUUCUGUGGAGGGAAUCUGAUCAGUGAUGAGUGGAUCCUCACUGCUGCUCACUGUGAGGAUGGGCAACCUGCCUUUGAGGUGGUUUUGGGCAAACAUCCAUCUUUAGCAGGAACAGAGAUGCACAUCACAGCCACUAGUGUGAGGCAUUACUUUCCUGAUGACACCGUUGCCAAAGCAGACCGUCAUGACAUCAUGCUCGUUAAACUGCCCCAAAAGACUACUCAUCCCACCAUCACUCUCCCUCCUACUAGCUGUACAUCACCCACUCCUCCUUUCCCUGAUAAUCCCUACACUAUCAUGGGAUGGUCCUUCACAGAUCUAGCCCACAAGAUCAAGCCAGUCAAGCUGCAGUGUGGUAAAGUUCCUCUGUUUGCUGACUGCACCGGUCGGAGCGGGACACGUAAAGUCGUUUACACUGAAGCUGAUCCAGCUGAUCGUAAAUGGAAUAAUAAUCACAUGCUCUGCAGCAAAAGCCUGAUGAUGUGUCAGGGCUGCCCAGGAGACUCUGGCGGCAGUCUGGUGAAGGGUGGUGUUCUGGUUGGAGUCACUGUUGGUGGUCGUGCUAAUGACGGGAUCACUUACUUCAUGGAUUCAGCUGGUACACUCGGCUCAUAUAUGACCCUCCACCCGGCUCUACUGGAGCUGCUGUCCCCGCUCCAGCCUCCACCUGUCUCCGCUCAGCCAACAGGUGAGUCUCCGGGUAAAGUGGGACAGGAUCGCGUGAGGUUUGGUUGUUUGGGAUGA